UAUCCAUACUUACAGAACAGUUACAACAAUGCGAUGCUAUCAGACGUAGUGCUUUGCUUUGGGGACAAUAAAGUGUACACCCAUAAAAUCAUUCUGAUAGCCGCAUCUGGCGUAUUUCAUGCCGCUUUCAAUAGCAAGUUUCCAAAUGCCGACCAAGGUACCUUCGAGAUCAAGGGACAAUCCGAUAACGCCGUCUAUGCUAUGCUUCAUCAUUUUUACAACAAGCCUCUUGAUAGAUCAGUACUUACUACCGAUUUCGAUUAG